AUGCUGUACAUAAUCGUGAUCGUACAUAUGAUAUAUUUUAUACUAAUGGCAUAACGAUAGUUGUGAGUGAAAAGAGCAGAAUAUCCCCCGCAAAACAACGCCACUGUUGAGAAUUAGGAAAAGCGCCGUUAUCAAUUCAAAAACAACCGUAGCAAGUGUCCGACUAAGCUGACCGGCCACAACAUUGUUGCCACUGACGUCUCAGUGGACGGAGGUCGAAAAAGUGUAAUAAAGAUUUGCUGCGCGAUUUAGCGGGCAUUAAAGUUUCGAAGCGUUGCGAGUGUGCAUAUACAAGUAAUAUAAUAAAUUAAACUUAAAAAAAAGUAAAGCAAUGGCAGCGGAAAUUCAGCGCACUAAGCCGCAGGCCGUAAAAAAUGAAUUGGAAGACAGUGAACUGCAUUUUGUAUGCGAGAAGCUGCAAAAGUUUCAAGUGAACAUGGUGCGCGACUUCGAGCGACAACUGUCGUCGAUGAUUGAGGAUGUGCUGCAGGACAUGCGCCAGCGUGAGCUGCGCCUGCAUGAGUUUCGUAAUUUUGCACAAAGUAGUAGCAAUGGGAAGAGAAGUAGCAGCAGCCUUAACUUUGGCAACAACAACAGCACUUGGCACAAUCGCCAACAGAUUUCCAAAAAACUGCCCCCACAUGACAUCAGUGACAGCCCAAAAGCGGCGACCCCCAAAAAAGUCAGCGAGACGUCAGCGCCGGCACAACGACGCCUGCCCGACAAGGUGUUCAUUGCUCGUGAGUCUUACUUAACAGCGCUGCUCCAGGUGGACCAUAUGCGGACCAUCUAUCACAUAUUCUAUAUAAUUCUGGUCAUGUUUCUGUUGAACGUCGUGCUGCAUGACUACUUUGUGGAGGGGCACUUCAAUUUGGGACUCGGCACAUUUCGAUCGGGCCUCCAACGUCUACAUUGGGUGUUGGGCGUGUGGCUGCUGGAGCAUGUCUUCGUCCUGGCGCUAUAUUAUGCCUUUCGAGGAUGGGCGCUAGUGCGUCACAGACUUAAAAAACAGAACUCGUUGCAGCGUUUUUGGUCGCAUAGCUGCCUCAUCAUGUACAUCAGUUCACAGCUGGUCUUUGGCUACGUGUCCUGCACGCUGUGCCUCAAAUUUCGACUGCCCUUUGUCAGCGCCUGUGUCCUGCUGCUGGAGAGCACGCGCCUCCUGAUGAAAAUGCACGCCUUCGUGCGCUACAAUGCCGAGCGUGUAAUAGUUGGCAAGCUUAAAACGGAUGGUAAAUCUGUAGGUCGUCCUUUUCUGCCGUCAUUGGGCUGUUAUGUGUACUUUCUGUUCGCACCCACGCUCAUCUAUCGCGACAACUAUCCAAGAACCUCUCAUAUACGGUGGCCCUUCGCAAUCAGUCGUCUACUGGAAGUUGUGGCAAUUGCCUUUCUAUAUGCCUUCAUACACGAGCGGCACAUUAGCGAGCAUUUCGCCGAUUAUGGUCGGGAGCCGUUGAAUACGCCUCAACUUAUUGUGAAGCUGUUUGGCAUGAUCCUACCCAGCAUGGUCAUAUUUUUGUGCGGCUUUUAUCUCAUUCUACACUCCUGGCUGAACUUUACGUCCGAACUGCUGCGUUUCGGCGAUCGUAUGUUUUACAAGGACUGGUGGACUUCACAUACCUACGAUGCCUACUACCGCAACUGGAAUGUGGUGGUACAUGAUUGGUUGUAUGAAUAUGUUUAUCGUGAUGUUUACACUCACGUCUUUAAAGGAUCCAAGGUGGGUGCUUCGCUCACAGUCUUCAUGAUCUCGGCGAUGGUACAUGAACAGGUUCUUGGCUUCGCUCUCCGAAUGUUCUUUCCUGUUAUGUUUGUGCUUUUUGGCGUAGUGGGCGUGACGCUGGUUUUUCUAAUGCGCAGAGCACCCAAAAUACUGGGCAACAUAUUCCUAUGGUUCUCGCUCAUCUCAGGCAAUGGCAUGCUUAUUUCUCUGUACGCCAUGGAGUAUUAUGCGCGACAGAAUUGCGAACUUAAGAUCGAAGGUUGGACGGAUUACGUGAUUCCAGCAGCUUGGCGCUGCUACCACUAGUAACGAAUUUACAUAAAUAAGAUUUGUUAGUUUUACGUGUACAUGUUGCGUACAUACGUGAGUGUACGUAUGUUUAUGUAUUUCUAGGUCAUUAAAGUUAAAUGUACAUAAAUGCGAAACAUAGUUAA